AUGCUUUCUCGUUUGCCAUACUUUGAUGGAGACUUUUGGUGUGGUUCUGCAAUGGAAAAAGCGAGGAUCAUUGAAAAAGAGAGUGGAGGAGACUAUGAAAAAAUGUUGAAGAAACAAGUGUCAACUAGAGCUUUGAAGACCUUGGGACAUGUCAAUCCUUCGAAAGACGAUGCUAAAGACAUUUUGGUGAUGCAAAAAUUGGGUCAAGAUAUAUUGCCUACCAAGGAAAAUUUCAUUGUAGCUCACUUACAAUAUUCAUGCAUGCAUUGCUGUGAAGUGAUAAUUUGCACUGAAUGUAAGAAAUUUCAAGAGUGUGAAAGAUGUCAUACUUUAAAUGAACACACAUUAAAGAGCGGUGAAGUGCAUCCACUUUGUCUGGCCGUUGUUGAUGAUAUCCCCUCAAACACUACGCAUAAUGAUCAUAUCCUUGAGAAUGGAUUAUUUGAAGAUAGGAACAACUUUUUGAGCUUCUGCCAGAAGUAUAAGUUUCAGUUUGACACACUCCGACAUGCCAAGUAUUCCUUAAUGAUGAUUCUCUACCAUCUAAGCAAUCCUAGUCCUAUGAAUUUUUGUUAUGGAUUUAUAACUGAUUAUGUGUCGAUUGGCACCGUCUUUCUGCCACUGUUAGCUUAAACACAAUGCCUGCUCGGUUUGUUAAUUGGAUUUGGUGUUGUUGAAAACUUUUAUUAAUUUAUUUUGCAGGUUAUAAUUAGGUUGGUGUUAUUUGCCUUACUGAAGGAUCUUGGCAUGUUCAUCAUGAUGGCUGAAUACUGAAUGAAGACUGCAAGGCCAUAGUUAAUGGAAUAGGAUUGAAAAAAAAACGUACAUUUAUUUGUAAAAAUACCUUAAAUUGCUCUAAAUGAAAUUGGAUUUGUUAGGCAGGGAAUUUUGAAUAGAACAUUUAUUUGAAUGGUUCAAAGAAAUUGCAACAUUUUGGUAUCCAGGAGGGUCAAGAAACAGUAGAGUUGCACUAAUGCCAUGGCAUGUAGUCUUUGGUACCUAUAUCUAUGAUUUGGCUAUAGUUACAACAACUACUGGUCUUUUAGAAAAGGCUACAUUCCUUCAAACCAACAACGUCAUAUCGCGAUAUUCCAAUGAAGCAAUUCUGGUCAAUGUCUUAGGCAUUUUGAUUGUUGCUUUAGGUGGCUUUGUUAUUCUUGGUCUCGUUAAGCCGACUUUUAAUAAAGCUGAUGUUUUAAGAGGAAAUGAAUGAGUGAGUGAUUGAAUAAUUCAAAAUUGAGAACAUGAACACACUUGAAAGAUGCAUUCUCUUAGGCUGUAAUGGAUUGUUGUAUGAACAAACUCUUGAACAUAUAUAUACACAAGUUUAGUUUUCUUCUCA